CCAAAUAGCCAAAAGUAUCAUGAUUCAGCUAGUUAAAGUCUAAUUUUCUUGACGGUUUUUCUAUUAUCAUUCGUCGAUAUUGUCAAUAACAUAAUUAACAAGAAGAAUGGAUGUUAUCAAGGCGAAAAUGAAGAAGAAUCUGAUUGCCAAGGCAUGGAGGAGGUGUACGUCUUCAACAUCAUCAAGCACAAGAACUACUUCUUUCAAGUACUACUUGAAGCGCAGCUUCACGACAAACAUGAUCGAUCACAAGCGGAAGAGUAAUAUUAACACUCAAGCAGCUCCUUACGGUUGCUUUCCGGUCUAUGUGGGACCAGAAAAGCAAAAGUUCGUGGUGCGGGCAGAGUUUGCUAAUCAUCAAUUGUUCAAGAUCCUUCUAGAGGAUGCAGAAUCGGAGUAUGGCUACAACAGCGAUGGCCCUAUUUUGCUUCCUUGCGACGCCGGUUUGUUCUACAAAGUGCUUGCGGAGAUGGAGAGCGGUGAUGGAGAUUUUACGAGCACUAGUCCCAGUUGCAGCUUCAUGCUUUGCAGUCCAAACAAUGGUAUUGGUUAUAAAUAUGGAGGUUAUAAGCUUCUUAGCCCUUCACGUAGCUUGCUCAAGAUCAAUCAGUUUUGAGUGUUUAAAAGGACUAUUAGAAGGGCUUUACAUCCUUUAUGACGAGGGGAUAUAU